AUGUCGUCGCCAACGAGUCGACGCUCGACGCGGUCAUCAGCGAACAACACCCCCAAUGGUCGCAACCAACGGAACAGCGCUUCUCAGCGAGCCCCGCCAUCCAGCGAUCCUGCUGAAGCCGACGACGCGAACUCACAAUUGCUGAGCGAAGCCAACGCCAGUGCAAACGGAACACCGCGUGGAUCGCAGCGCUCACAACGAGCAUCUGUGCGAGGCACACCGCGUGCAUCGCAACAGACCGAUAGCCAAAGCCAGCAGCCGCCAGCCAGCUCGCCGUUAUUCUUCCAGUCCAGCCCUGCGGGAAGUCAGAGCCAGAGCCAGAGCCAGAAUUUGGGUAUGGGCAGCAGUGAGGGUGGAAGAACGCCGAGGGCUGCACCAGGUGUUGGAGACUCCUCCCCGGUCCACUACGCCUCGAGCUCCGAUGCUGCAGAUCCCGCCGCCAACCGCGAACGCCAUGAAGGCACAAGUUCGACCGGCCUGUUUGUCCGUUCCGGUCGAUCAGGUGCACCAGCUGGAAGCGCUAGAGACAGGAGACACGAUGUACACUCAGAUCUGCUCGAGGGCAGCGGACGACGGAGACAGCUAUUCGUCGACGAGAACGGCGUGCCAGUCGCUGGAGACAUCUCCGAUGCCAACACAUUCUCCAACCUGAACCCCAACACUUCGGAUGCAGCUGAACUGGGAGGACGCUCGACAAGAUAUAUCUGGGGAACCGACGUUUCUAUUAAUGAUUCAUUCGCCGCGACCAAGGACUUUUUGUUCAACUUCCAGAAAAAGUACCGCAUGAUUGCUGAUGGAGAGAUCUUGGAGGGCGAGACACUUACUCCUGGCGACCCAGGUCUUGAGAAAGAGAACUUAAGAAUGCUGGAGACCAUGCUUGCUCUGAACUCGAAGUGCUUCUACUUGGACUGCAGAAAUAUGAGGGCAUACCCAGGGACGAGGAAGCUGUGGCAUCAGCUUCAAUCGUUCCCAAGUGAGAUCAUCCCAGUGCUGGAUUCGGCUGUCAAAGAUGCACUUCUCGAGAUUGUGGAGAAGAGAAUCAGCGACAAACGCUCCACACAAUCGCAACAGGCUCAGCCAAACCGCGCUCGCGACUCUAGCUCCAUGCCUCCUAUGCCCAGCUCGGAUGUGGACAACAUGGACCAGCAACCUGCCGCGGCCGCACCUGCACCUGAGACUGACGACACGGAAUUGCUGGCCGAGAUCAACCAAAACACUUACCGUGUUCGACCAUUCGGUCUCGAGAAGAGCACCAAUCUGCGCGAACUCAACCCUGGCGACAUGGACCAGCUCGUGUCCGUCAAGGGCCUUGUCAUUCGCACCACGCCAAUCAUUCCAGACAUGAAGGAUGCCUUUUUCCGAUGCUCCGUCUGCCAUCAUACCGUCAAGGUCGAUAUUGACCGCGGCAAGAUCGCCGAGCCAACUCGCUGUCCGCGUGAGGUGUGCAGUGCCAGCAAUAGCAUGCAGAUUGUGCACAACCGAUCCGGCUUCACCGACAAACAGAUCAUCAAGCUGCAAGAGACACCAGACUCCGUGCCAGAUGGUCAGACGCCACACUCCGUCAGCAUUUGCGCAUACGACGAGCUUGUCGAUACUUGCAAAGCUGGUGAUCGUGUUGAGAUCACUGGUAUUUUCAAGUGCACUCAAGUUCGUGUCAAUCCACGCCAGCGAUCCGUCAAGAACAUCUUCAAGACAUACGUCGACUGCGUUCACGUGCAGAAGGUGGAUGCAAAGCGUAUGGGUAUCGAUCCGACUACCAUUGAAGAAGAGCUUGCUCAGCAGGCCGCUGGUGAUCUCCAGGAGACUCGUAAGGUCAGCGAGGAGGAAGAGGCCAAGAUCAGAGAGAUCGCCGCCCGUCCGGACGUCUACGAUCUGCUUUCAAGGUCGAUGGCUCCGUCGAUCUACGAAAUGGAGGAUGUUAAGAAGGGCAUUCUUCUUCAGCUCUUCGGCGGCACCAACAAGAGCUUCGAGAAGGGUGGUUCACCAAAGUACCGUGGAGACAUUAAUGUCCUGCUAUGUGGUGAUCCCUCUACUUCGAAGUCCAAGAUGCUGGAGUACAUUCACAAGAUCGCACCUCGGGGAGUGUACACUUCCGGCAAGGGAUCUUCUGCUGUCGGUCUCACCGCGUAUGUCACUCGCGAUCCAGAGACACGCAGCUUGGUCCUCGAGUCUGGUGCUCUGGUGUUGAGUGACGGCGGUGUGUGCUGCAUCGACGAGUUCGACAAGAUGUCGGACUCUACGCGCUCCGUUCUGCACGAAGUCAUGGAGCAACAGACUGUCUCCAUUGCCAAAGCUGGCAUCAUCACGACUCUUAACGCUCGCACGUCGAUCCUCGCCUCCGCCAACCCCAUUGGAAGCAAGUACAACCCGAAUUUGCCAGUCCCUCAGAAUAUCGAUCUCCCACCUACCCUUCUCUCCAGAUUCGAUUUGGUCUACCUUGUUCUCGACCGCAUCGACGAGUCCGCCGAUCGCAAGCUUGCGAGACAUUUGGUGGGCAUGUACCUAGAAGACACGCCAGAGAAUGCAAGCACUGCGGAAAUACUCCCCAUCGAAUUCCUGACCUCCUACAUCUCAUAUGCCCGCGCCAACAUCCACCCCACCAUCACCCAGCCCGCUGCCGAUGCCCUCGUAAAAGCCUACGUCGCCAUGCGCAAACUCGGCGAGGACAUCCGCUCCUCGGAACGCCGCAUCACUGCCACAACCCGUCAACUCGAAAGCAUGAUCCGUCUCUCCGAAGCCCACGCGAAAAUGCGUCUGUCCCUCACGGUCGAGGAGUCGGAUGUCAACGAAGCUGUUCGACUCAUCCAGUCCGCGCUGCAGCAGGCUGCUACUGAUGCAAGAACUGGUCUGAUCGACAUGGGUCUGCUGACGGAGGGAUCGAGCGCGAGUGAGAGGAAGAGGAAGGCGGACUUGCAGAUUGGUGUGUUGGGUGUGUUGGACGAGAUGUUGAGAAGCGGUAAUGGGAGUGUGAGGUAUGGUGAUGUGGUGAGGCAGUUGAGUGAGCAGAGUUCUGUGCCUGUUGAGGGGCAGGAGUUUGCGGAGGCGAUUCGCGCGUUGGAGCAAGAGGGCAAGGUGCAGGUUGUGGGUGAGGGACCGAGGAGGAGUAUUCGAAGGUUGACGGGCGUUGCCUGA